CGAUAAUUAUAUCAUUCCCCUUCUCUUUCCUCCCUCCAAACCCUUCCAUAGACUCCUUCUUGCUGUCUUUCCAAUUCAUGGCCUUUUUAUUAUUGUUAUUGUUGUUACAUGCAUACAUGUAUAUGCAUAUAUAUCCCUAAAUAUGUAAGUACAACCUACUCAGACUAUCUAAUGUUACUUACAUGCUUUCAGGGCUGAGCAUUUGGUACUGGAUAACCAAUGGUGUGCUCUUUCCUGGGGAAGACUAUUUCUGCUCUCAGCUUUCCUUAGUGGCCUGUAGUUCCUUGCAAAGGGUUGAGGCCUGGUGUCUCCCCCCUGACUGGUUUAUUUGUAUUCGUACGAAUGUCUUGCCUGCAGGUAUUAUAUGCCACGUGUGUGCCUGGUGCCCUCUGUGGUCAGAGGAAGGCAUAUGAUCCCUUGAAACUGGAAUUAUAGAGAGUCGUGAGCUGCUGCAUGGGUGUUGGGAAUUGAACCUGGGUCCUCUGCAAGAUCAGCCAGUGCUUUUAGUUUCUGCUGAGCCAUCUCUCCAGCCCCAAGAAUAUAUCUUUGAGGCCAAGGUUGAAAAGUCCAGGUUUAACGGGAAUCUUCUUGUACCUCACCACUGGCAGGGGCAGACGGGAGCACUCCCCACUGCUGUGUUCUUUCUGAUCGCCUCCCAGCACUGUUUAAUUGGGGAUCACACAUGAACUUUGGGAGGACACCUUGGAGCCAUAGCAUAUACCCACAUCUAGGGGGUUAGCAGCAUGCCCUGGGCCACAGAGCAUGUUAGGAGCUGAGGUCAGAGGAGUACCUCAUCUCUCUGCUUGGUGUUCCUCCAGUACAGGGACCCUAAUACUCCUGCCCCACUCACUGCUGUGCGAGAGAAAUCCGGUGGUCAGAACUGUAAACUCUCUCUUCUCUUGACAGGUUGUCUGAAUGGUCUUGCUGCUCUUUCUAACCUGCCUGGUUUUCUCCUGCCUGACCUUUUCCUGGUUAAAAAUCUGGCGGACGAUGACAGACUCCAAGCCACUCACCAACAGUAAGGUGGAAGCAAGCCUCCUUUCAAGUGAGGAGUCCUCCCGGGCCUCAGACAGGUCAGAGGAGCCACUGCGGAAACAUGGUGACCGCAGCUGUCCUUCGCAGACUCCUGACCGGGAGGAACCGGCCUCCCCCCGAGGUCCCAGAGAUGCCAGUUGUCGGAGGAACUCCCUGCCACCCUCACAUCAGAAGCCUCCGAGGAACUCACUGUCUUCAAACGACACCUGGCCCUCCCCAGAACUUCAAACCAACGGGACAGCGGCCCAAGGUCCAGAGGUCCCGGAUACCAGCAGUCUGUCCUUCCCAGCCAGGCCUCCAGGACAGCGGGCCAAAUCCCCCUCCAAAGAGGACAAGAAGCAGGCCCACAUCAAGAGACAGCUGAUGACCAACUUCAUCCUGGGCUCCUUCGACGACAACUCCUCUGAUGAGGACCCCAGUGCUGCCUCCUUCAGGGACUCUCCCCGGAAGAGCAGCAGGCCCAGCCUGGGCACCCUGUCCCUGGAGGCUGCACCAAACUCCAGCGACCCUGAGUCCCGCGCACCCACUAUGAGGCCCAGCAUGUCUGGACUCCACCUGGUGAAGAGAGGCCGUGAACAUAAAAAACUGGACCUGCACAGAGAUUUCACCGUAGCGUCCCCAGCUGAGUUUGUCACCCGCUUUGGAGGCAAUAGGGUCAUCGAGAAGGUCCUCAUCGCCAACAACGGCAUCGCUGCGGUCAAGUGUAUGCGCUCCAUCCGCCGCUGGGCCUAUGAGAUGUUCCGUAACGAACGUGCCAUCCGCUUUGUGGUCAUGGUGACCCCUGAGGACCUUAAGGCCAAUGCAGAGUACAUCAAAAUGGCGGAUCAGUACGUUCCCGUCCCAGGGGGGCCCAAUAACAACAACUACGCCAACGUGGAGCUGAUUGUAGACAUUGCUAAGCGAAUCCCUGUGCAGGCCGUGUGGGCUGGCUGGGGCCAUGCGUCGGAAAACCCCAAACUUCCAGAGCUGCUGUGCAAGCAUGAGAUUGCUUUCCUAGGUCCCCCCAGUGAGGCCAUGUGGGCCCUGGGAGAUAAGAUCGCCUCCACCAUCGUAGCCCAGACGUUGCAGAUCCCAACCCUGCCCUGGAGCGGAAGCGGUCUCACCGUGGAGUGGACGGAGGACAGCAGGCAGCAGGGUAAAUGCAUCAGCGUCCCAGAAGACGUCUAUGAACGAGGCUGCGUGAAAGAUGUGGAGGAAGGCUUGGAGGCGGCAGAGAAAGUUGGGUUUCCACUGAUGAUCAAAGCCUCCGAAGGCGGCGGAGGAAAAGGCAUCCGCAAGGCUGAGAGUGCGGAGGACUUCCCGAUGCUCUUCAGACAAGUGCAGAGUGAGAUCCCGGGCUCGCCUAUCUUUCUCAUGAAGCUGGCCCAGAAUGCGAGGCACCUGGAGGUCCAGGUCCUGGCAGAUCAGUAUGGAAACGCCGUCUCGCUGUUUGGACGCGACUGCUCCAUCCAGAGGCGGCACCAGAAGAUUAUCGAGGAGGCGCCAGCCACCAUUGCCGCUCCAGCUGUGUUUGAGUUCAUGGAACAGUGUGCUGUCCUCCUGGCCAAGACCGUGGGUUACGUGAGUGCUGGGACGGUGGAAUACCUCUACAGCCAGGACGGCAGCUUCCAUUUCUUGGAGCUGAACCCACGCUUGCAAGUGGAGCAUCCGUGCACUGAAAUGAUCGCAGAUGUCAAUCUGCCCGCCGCACAGUUGCAGAUCGCCAUGGGCGUGCCCCUGCACCGGCUGAAGGACAUACGACUUCUGUAUGGCGAAUCCCCCUGGGGAGUGACCCCCAUUUCUUUUGAGACCCCUCUGAGCCCGCCCAUUGCCCGAGGUCACGUCAUUGCGGCCAGGAUCACCAGUGAAAACCCGGAUGAGGGUUUUAAGCCAAGCUCGGGGACAGUCCAGGAGCUGAACUUCCGCAGCAACAAGAACGUGUGGGGUUACUUCAGCGUGGCGGCUGCUGGAGGCUUGCACGAGUUCGCGGAUUCGCAGUUCGGGCACUGCUUCUCCUGGGGCGAGAACCGUGAAGAGGCCAUUUCCAACAUGGUGGUGGCUUUAAAGGAACUGUCCAUUCGGGGUGACUUCCGGACCACUGUGGAAUACCUCGUGAACCUUCUGGAGACCGAGAACUUCCAGAACAACGACAUCGACACAGGGUGGCUGGACCACCUCAUUGCUGAGCGGGUACAGGCAGAGAAGCCGGACAUCAUGCUCGGGGUGGUGUGUGGGGCCUUGAACGUGGCAGAUGCGAUGUUCAGAACUUGCAUGACGGAUUUCUUGCACUCCUUGGAAAGGGGUCAGGUCCUCCCGGCUGAUUCUCUGCUGAACAUUGUGGAUGUUGAGUUGAUUUAUGGAGGCGUCAAGUACAUCCUCAAGGUGGCCCGGCAGUCCCUGACUGUGUUCGUUCUCAUCAUGAAUGACUGCCACAUCGAGAUUGAUGCCCACCGGCUGAACGAUGGGGGGCUGCUCCUGUCCUACAAUGGCAGCAGUUACACAACGUACAUGAAGGAAGAAGUGGACAGUUACCGGAUCACUAUUGGCAAUAAGACGUGCGUGUUUGAGAAGGAGAAUGACCCCACGGUCCUGAGAGCCCCCUCGGCUGGGAAGCUGACACAGUACACGGUGGAGGAUGGAGACCACGUGGAAGCUGGGAGUAGCUACGCUGAGAUGGAGGUGAUGAAGAUGAUCAUGGCCCUGACCGUGCAGGAGAGUGGCCGGGUGAGGUACAUCAAGCGUCCAGGGGCCGUGCUGGAGGCCGGCUGCGUGGUGGCGAGGCUCGAACUCGAUGACCCUUCCAAAGUGCACGCGGCACAGCCAUUCACAGGAGAGCUCCCUGCCCAGCAGACCCUGCCCAUCCUCGGGGAGAAGCUGCACCAGGUGUUCCACAGUGUCUUAGAAAAUCUGACCAAUGUCAUGAGUGGCUACUGCCUGCCUGAGCCGAUCUUCAGCGUAAAGCUGAAGGAGUGGGUCCAGAAGCUCAUGAUGACGCUCCGGCACCCAACCCUACCUCUCCUGGAGCUGCAGGAGAUCAUGACCAGUGUGGCAGGCCGCAUCCCGGCCCCUGUGGAGAAGGCGGUCCGCAGGGUGAUGGCCCAGUAUGCCAGCAACAUCACUUCCGUGUUGUGCCAGUUCCCCAGCCAACAGUGCUGGGCCUCAGGCAUGCUGGGCAAGCACUCCACCACUGAGCUACAUCCCGAGCUCCUGAAGAUAGCCACCAUCCUGGACUGCCAUGCCGCCACCUUGCAGCGUAAGGCGGACCGUGAGGUCUUCUUCAUGAACACGCAAAGUAUCGUGCAGCUGGUCCAGAGGUACCGCAGCGGGACCCGCGGCUACAUGAAGGCUGUGGUGCUGGACCUCCUGCGGCGGUAUCUGAGCGUGGAGCAUCAUUUUCAGCAAGCCCACUAUGACAAGUGUGUGAUCAACUUGAGGGAGCAGUUCAAGCCGGACAUGAGCCAGGUGCUGGACUGCAUCUUCUCACAUGCACAGGUGGCCAAGAAGAACCAGCUGGUGAUCAUGCUGAUAGACGAGCUCUGCGGCCCAGACCCUGCCCUGUCAGACGAGCUGACCUCCAUCCUCAACGAGCUGACGCAGCUGAGCAGGGCCGAGCACUGCAAAGUGGCCCUCAGAGCCAGGCAGGUCCUGAUCGCCUCCCACCUCCCCUCCUAUGAGCUGCGGCACAACCAGGUGGAAUCCAUCUUCCUGUCUGCCAUCGACAUGUACGGCCACCAGUUCUGCCCAGAAAACCUCAAGAAAUUAAUACUUUCGGAAACAACUAUAUUCGACGUCCUGCCAACCUUCUUCUACCACGAUAACAAGGUCGUCUGUAUGGCGUCGCUGGAGGUGUAUGUGCGGAGAGGCUACAUCGCCUACGAGUUGAACAGCCUACAGCACCGGGAGCUCCCAGAUGGCACCUGCGUGGUGGAGUUCCAGUUCAUGCUGCCAUCCUCCCACCCCAACCGGAUGGCCAUGCCCAUCAGCAUCUCCAACCCCGACCUGCUCAGGCACAGUACAGAACUCUUCAUGGACAGUGGCUUCUCCCCACUGUGCCAGCGCAUGGGGGCCAUGGUCGCCUUCAGGAGAUUUGAAGAGUUCACCAGGAACUUUGAUGAAGUUAUCUCCUGCUUUGCCAACGUGCCGACAGACACCCCCCUCUUCAGUAAGGCCCGCACCUCCCUGUACUCUGAGGACGAUGGCAAGAGCCUUCGAGAGGAGCCCAUCCACAUCCUGAAUGUGGCCAUCCAGUGUGCCGACCACCUGGAGGACGAGGCGCUGGUGCCGAUUUUCCGUACCUUUGUGCAGUCCAAGAAACACAUCCUUGUGGAUUAUGGACUCCGAAGAAUCACAUUCCUUAUUGCCCAAGAGAGAGAAUUCCCCAAGUUCUUCACAUUCAGAGCGAGAGACGAGUUUGCAGAGGACCGGAUUUAUCGCCACUUGGAGCCCGCCCUGGCUUUCCAGCUGGAGCUGAGCCGGAUGCGGAACUUUGACUUGACCGCUGUGCCCUGUGCCAACCACAAGAUGCACCUUUACCUGGGUGCCGCCAAAGUGAGGGAAGGUCUGGAGGUGACCGACCACAGGUUCUUCAUCCGCGCCAUCAUCCGGCACUCGGACCUGAUCACCAAGGAAGCCUCCUUCGAGUACCUGCAGAACGAGGGUGAGCGACUACUCCUGGAAGCCAUGGAUGAGCUGGAGGUGGCGUUCAACAACACCAGCGUGCGCACCGACUGCAACCACAUCUUCCUCAACUUCGUGCCUACUGUCAUCAUGGACCCGCUCAAGAUUGAGGAGUCGGUGCGGGACAUGGUCAUGCGCUACGGCAGCCGGCUGUGGAAGCUCCGCGUGCUGCAGGCGGAGGUCAAGAUCAACAUCCGCCAGACGACCACGGGCAGCGCUAUCCCCAUCCGCCUGUUCAUCACCAACGAGUCCGGCUACUACCUGGACAUCAGCGUCUACAAAGAAGUGACCGACUCCAGAUCCGGAAAUAUCAUGUUUCACUCCUUCGGCAACAAACAAGGAAGCCUGCACGGGAUGCUGAUCAACACGCCGUACGUCACCAAGGACCUGCUCCAGGCCAAGCGGUUCCAGGCGCAGUCCCUGGGGACCACCUACGUGUACGACUUCCCGGAGAUGUUCAGGCAGGCUCUCUUUAAACUGUGGGGCUCCCCAGACAAGUACCCCAAAGAUAUUCUGACAUACACAGAGCUGGUGCUGGACUCCCAGGACCAGCUGGUGGAGAUGAACAGGCUUCCUGGUGGGAAUGAGGUGGGCAUGGUGGCCUUCAAAAUGAGGUUUAAGACCCCGGAGUAUCCAGAAGGGCGGGACGUCGUCGUCAUCAGCAAUGACAUCACCUUCCAAAUCGGCUCUUUCGGCAUACAGGAGGACUUCCUGUAUCUGCGGGCAUCCGAGAUGGCCCGGGCAGAGGGCAUUCCCCAAAUCUUCCUGGCAGCUAACAGUGGGGCCCGUAUGGGCCUGGCUGAGGAGAUCAAACAGCUAUUCCAAGUGGCUUGGGUGGACCCGGAAGAUCCCCACAAAGGAUUUAGGUACCUGUACCUGACGCCCCAAGACUACACCCAGAUCAGCGCCCAGAACUCCGUGCACUGCAAGCAUAUUGAGGAUGGAGGUGAAUCCAGAUACGUCAUCUUGGAUGUCAUAGGGAACAGUGACAGCCUGGGCGUGGAGAACCUGAGGGGCUCGGGCAUGAUCGCAGGAGAGGCCUCCCUGGCUUAUGAAAAAAUUGUCACCAUCAGCAUGGUGACCUGCCGUGCCCUAGGAAUCGGGGCCUACUUGGUGAGGCUUGGGCAGCGGGUGAUCCAAGUGGAAAACUCCCACAUCAUCCUCACUGGAGCCAGCGCCCUCAACAAGGUCCUGGGAAGAGAGGUCUACACGUCCAACAACCAGCUGGGGGGUGUGCAGAUUAUGCACACUAAUGGGGUCUCCCACGUCACUGUGCCGGACGACUUCGAGGGGGUCUGUACCAUUCUGGAAUGGCUGUCGUAUAUACCGAAGGACAAUCGCAGCCCAGUUCCCAUCAUCACUCCUACUGACCCCAUCGACAGGGAAAUUGAAUUCGUCCCAUCCAAAGUUCCCUAUGACCCCAGGUGGCUGCUUGCAGGGAGGCCUCAUCCAACUCUGAAGGGCUCCUGGCAGAGCGGCUUCUUCGACCACGGCAGUUUCAUGGAAAUCAUGGCACCCUGGGCUCAGACCGUGGUGACUGGACGAGCAAGGUUGGGGGGCAUCCCCGUGGGGGUGAUUGCUGUGGAGACUCGGACCAUGGAGGUGGCUGUCCCUGCUGACCCUGCCAACCUGGAUUCUGAGGCCAAGAUCAUCCAGCAGGCGGGCCAGGUGUGGUUCCCGGACUCCGCCUACAAGACCGCCCAGGUCAUCAAGGACUUCAACCAGGAGCACCUGCCCCUCAUGAUCUUCGCCAACUGGAGAGGCUUCUCCGGCGGCAUGAAGGACAUGUAUGAGCAAAUUCUGAAGUUUGGCGCCUACAUCGUGGAUGGCCUCCGGCAGUACAAGCAACCCAUCCUCAUCUACAUCCCACCCUGUGCCGAGCUCCGUGGGGGUUCAUGGGUGGUCCUCGACUCCACCAUCAACCCCCUGUGCAUAGAGAUGUACGCAGACAAAGAGAGCAGGGCGGGUGUUCUGGAGCCGGAGGGCACUGUGGAGAUUAAGUUCCGGAAGAAAGAUCUGGUGAAGACCAUGAGAAGGAUAGACCCAGUGUGCAAGAAGCUCUUGGGACAGCUGGGGACAGCCCAGCUCCCUGACAAGGACCGCAAGGAGCUGGAGGUCCAGCUGAAGGCCCGAGAGGACCUGCUGUUCCCCAUCUACCACCAGGUGGCAGUUCAAUUCGCCGACCUGCACGACACACCGGGCCACAUGCUGGAGAAGGGAGUCAUCUCUGACGUGCUGGAGUGGAAGACCGCACGCACCUUCCUCUACUGGAGGCUGCGCCGGCUGCUGCUGGAGGCCCAGGUGAAGCAAGAGAUUCUUCAGGCCAGCCCCGAGCUGAGCCAUGAGCACACACAGUCCAUGCUGCGACGUUGGUUUGUGGAGACCGAGGGCCCCGUCAAGGCCUACCUGUGGGACAGCAACCAGGUGGUGGUCCAGUGGCUGGAACAGCACUUGUCAGCCAGGGAUGGCCUGCGCUCCACCAUCCGGGAGAACAUCAGUUACCUGAAGCGGGACUCUGUCCUCAAGACCAUCCAAAGCACUGACCAAACUAGCCAGGGAGGAGGACACUGCCAGGUCAGUACCAGCUUGAUUCCUCCAUGUGACGUCUUCAACAAUAAGAUCUGUCACCGGGUCCUAGUGGGCAACCAGGAGCAAAGCAGCUGCCUGUGCUACCUGGUUGGGGGCGUCUCCGGGACAUCACAAGCCCGUAAGUCAGAGGAGGUAACCCAAACCUGAUCCUUGUUAGCACUUUUUGAUCUUGCAGCAGCCCCUCCCCACCAUAUUUUCUAUCGCUAUGGAUUUGGGAACCUCAUCACUGAACUCAUACUGGUUUAUUUCACUUAACACAAUGUCCUCAAGGUCCCUCCAUAUUAUGACAUGCACCGUAAUUUCCUUUUUUAAAGGCUGAACAAUAUUCCAUCACGAAGCCAGGAAACAUUAGUUUACACAGUCCCGUAGGGAGGCUGCAGGUUGCUCCUGCCUCGUGGCUCUUGUGGAUAAUGGUGAGGAGAGCAGAGCAGGUCCCUUCCGAUCCUGGAUCUCCCAUUCCAUUCCUUCCGAUCUGUAUCCCGAAGUGGCGUUGCUGCCAGCUCCUGUGGUGGUUCUCUGUUAUCUUUUAGAGGAAUCUCUCCAGGGUUUUCGGUACCCAGCAGAGUUGCAGGGUUCCACCGUCACAUCCUUGCCAGGUCCACACAUGUUUUCCGAGAGAGUCUCUUUUUUUUUUUUCUUUAGUCACGUGGUUCAUUUAUAACCAUCCAGAGAGGCGGAAAGUGAUUUAAACUCAAAAGUCGCUGGAGGCUGGAGAGGUGGCCCAGCAGUUGAGAGCACUGACUGACCUUUGGAAGGAACCAGGUUUGAUGGCCAGCACCCAUCUGGUGGCUCACAACUGUAUAUAAUUCUAGUUUCGGGAGACCCGACAGCCUCUUCCGCUCUCUGCAGCUACGACACACAUGUGGUACACAUACAUACAGGCAAAAUACCAAGACAUACACUUUUUAAAAAUUUGCUUUUAAAUAGCUGGACCUUUUAACCAGCAGUGUCUGUCACUUGACACUGUGACCACAAUGUCUGACAGAAACGGCAGAAAAGACUUGUUUUGGCUUGUAAUUUCAGCCCAUCAUAGCCAGCAAGGUAGAGCAGUGGGAAGUGUGGCCAAGGAUGUCCACUUUUCCCUGGAGCAGGAACCAGGAACUUUCCAUGUCCCGACACUUAGGACCUUCUGCCAGCCAGGCCCCAACUCCUAACGGUUUCACGAUCUCCCAUCAUAGUGACAGCAGCUGGGAGACAAGUAUUCAAGACACGAGAGACACUCCAGGCUCACACAGAGCAGAAGCCAACAGCCUGGGUCAGGGCCCUGAUGCUCAGAGCUUUGCCUCACCUCCCUGAUGCUCAGAGCUUUGCCUCACCUCCCUGACUACCCUAUCAUCUCCCACACUUCUCUCCCAUCUCUCUCAAUUCCAAUUCAAUAUUGCUACUCCCAAGGCAGACCCAGUCUGGUGGAGACAGACCUUCCCAGAGGCAGCCAGGCUCACCCUCAGCUUGGAGGAGACUGGGGCAUGUCAGUCCAUCUUUCUUGGCUUACCCUGAGGCGGAGCUUGGGAACGCUCUGGGUUCUGCUGCCCUUGGAUCUGCCUUGGUGUGUCAACAAUGCCCCCCAGUGACUUCUUGUGCUCUUUGCCUCGGAUCCACAUUCCUUUCCUUAGAUUUGUUCUUAAAUUUAGCAGGGUGCUUGCUAAAAACUCAUGUUAGCCAAGCAUAAGGGUGCAUACCUACCAUCUCAGCACUGGAGAGCCUGAGGCAGGAGGAUCAUAAGUUCUAGAAUGGCCUAGCCUACAUAGCAAGCCCCUUUGCCAAGCAAAACAUAAAUUGCCCCUGGUCUAUUGCUCUAUUCUGAUUAUACCUUUUUUUUUUAGAUUUAUUUAUUUUUAUGUGCAUUUAUGUUUUUGUCUGUAUGUAUAUCUGUGUGAAGGUGUCGGAUCUUCUGCAACUGUUACAGACAGCUGUGGAUGCUGGGAAUCAAAGCCCGGUUCUCUAGGAAGAGCAGCAAGUGCUCUUAACUGCUGAACUAUGUCUCCAGCCCUGAGAGUUGGAUCUUACCCAGAAUGCUAAGGGCCCGGGAGUUACUCGUCAUUGGCAAGUGCCCAGGUGUACUGGUUAAUUGUUUUUCUUCAAUUUGACGCAGGCUACCUCCCUCAACCGAGAGAACACCCCCAUCCAAAUGGCUCAUAAACAAGUCUGAGGAGCAUUUUCUUGAUUAGUGAUUGAUGUGGGAGAGCUCCGCCUACUGGAUGGUCAUGUGAUCCUGCAUAGGCGGUCCUGGGUUCUAUAAGAAAGCAGGCCGAGCAAGCCAUGGGAGCAAACCAGUAAGCAGCACCCCUCUGUGGCCUCUGCAUCGGCUCCCGCCUCCAGGUUCCUGCCCUGACUUCCCUCAGUGAAGGAGUGACCUGUAAGUCUAGCCCUUUUCUCCUUGAGAUGCUCUUGCCCGUGGUCUUCAUCACAGCGAUACCAGGCUUCCAUGUUUACUCAGAGAAGCAGGCCAGCUCCAGAAGGUGGGAGCAUCAAGGUAGAGGCCACUGAGGAUGCCUGUGAGGGCUGAACACCCCCUAAGGGCAUGUUAAGCAGGGAAAACAGUCCCCAGAACUAAGCCGAUGGUUCCCAUCUCCUGGUAUUGCCGGUCCCUGGGCACACUGCUGGCUGAGCAGAGGGCUAUGCCAAGGGAUAGGUGAGCACAGCUCAGGGUACAAGGUGCCCGAAGGGUAUGACGGGCGGGAAGCCACUGAGUUGUUGUAUGUCGUGAUGGCUGCUCAUUUGGUCUCUGUCUUGUCCUUGAACUAAAAGGCUUGGAGAUCGGAGGCCUGGUAUCACACCACAGGACGGUCUGAAGAAGUCUUUCUGGUCCCACCAGCCCACUCCCAAUGGUUAGCAGGUCUCUAGUCCUUCUCUGAAGACCCUGGAGUCAGUCCCGGGAGAGGUUUGAGCCUCUUUAAACCAGUGGAUAAAUGGGACCUGGUGCCGCUCACUGGUGUACCUCUGUCCUCUUACGUAGCUUCUCCAGCCCCAGUUUAUUCCGGUAACAUUGUAGCAUUGGUUUUCUAUAGCUCAAUAACGUAGUAGUUUAAAGUGGCAAGUUAAUCCCCUUAUUGGAGACCAGAAGUCCAGGGGUCUCACUGGGCUCACCGGGACAGCAGGACCAUCAACGAGUCACAGGAGUGGUUGGGGACACAGUGUCUCUGUUGGUGGAGCCUGUGUCUCAGGGCGUGGUUGAAAAGCUAGAGUGGGGUCCCAGGUACUGGUUAUUUGGGCCUGUCCAAGCUGCCGUUUCUUCACCAGCAAAGUCGGGCACUAGUUUCUAAGCCACGGCCCCCCCAAGGGCUGCAUGAGCUCAUGGUAGUGACCAUCCCUGGCCUGGCAUGUCUUGGGUGAUGAAAAGGCCGGAGUCAGGCUGGGCGGUGGUGGCCAGCACGUUAAUCCCAGCACUCGAGAGGCAGGGACAGGAGGAUCUCAGUGAGUUCGAUCGAGGUCAGCCUGGUCUACAAAGCGAGUUCCCGGACAGCCAGGACUGUUACACAGAGAAACCCUG